AUUUGUAAAUUUUAAUAUACGGUAACACACAAACCACAGCUGUUCUACCACCCACCCACGCACCGGCUUAAAAUACAACAUUGGAUAAUUCAAAGACUAUACCAUGUUGAAUCUUUCUCUGGUGCUGCGGGUGCAGACCUCCAGGCAUCUGGCGACGGCCGCCACAGCCACAGCAGUGACAACAAAGAUAAAGGUGGGGAAAACGCGGGACAAACCAAAGCCACUUAUAACGUGUAGUCGGACGCAGUUCAACCUGACGCAACACGAUCGGGCGGGCGCCAAGUUCGGGACACUGGCACUGGCGUCCAAGGGAUGGCUGCACAACAAAUCGAAGGGCGACCACUUCACCCUGAACGCCAGCGUCAGUGGGGACCAGCUGCAGCAGGAGAUGCAGAGCGUGACGGGCUUUCUGGACAGUGGCCAAGUGGCGCUCCACCCGAAGCUACUGGAUAACCUGCAGAAUGAACUAGGCAUCAAAAUGCUCACGUUCAUACAGAUCAAGGGCUUGCCCAUUGUUCACGGAAACACCCACGCACUGAUUGCAGCCGAAACGGGGUGCGGCAAGACCCUGACAUACAUGCUGCCCAUCCUGGACAGACUGCUGCAGCAGGAGAUCACGGAACGGAGCUUCAAUACGCCGCGAGCCUUGAUACUGACGCCGGGCCGUGAGCUGGCCUCGCAGAUUACGCAGGUGGCCGAGAACCUCAGUCAGGGAACAGAUCUCAAGGUGAAGGCUCUGCUGGGCGGCAACACCAAGCAGCUGAUGAUGAACCCGAAGUUCGAAGAGGUCGAUGUAUUGGUUGCGACGCUGGGCGCCCUCAGCAAGCUGGUGACGACUGGUAUCUACCGCAUGGAGCAGGUGCGCCAUGUGGUGCUGGACGAGGCGGACACGUUGCUGGACGACAGCUUCACCGACAAACUCACGUACUUCCUCAGGAGAUUCCCCUUCCACAUGGUCCAAAAGCAGGAUGCCCGCACUGUGGGCACUCAGCUUGUCCUGGCCUCGGCCACGAUGCCUACAAACACCCGCGAGAUUCUGGAGCGCGUCAUCGACGUGGACACCAUUCAAGAUUUGGUGAGUCCGCAUCUGCACCAACUGAUGCCGCAUGUCACGCAGAAGUUCCUGCGAAUGUCCAAGGCGGAUCGGCCGGGUCACCUGCUGACCCUGGUCAAGCAGGAUCUGGCCAAGCGGCGGCCCAUCAUCGUGUUCAGCAACAAGUCCGCCACCAGCGACUUUGUGUCCAUUUUCCUGAACAACAGCGGCGUAAACUGCCUCAAUCUGAACGGCGACAUGCUCAUGAAAAUUCGCUUGGGCCGCUUUGAUCAGUUCCAAAGAGGCCACUGCGACGUGCUCUCUACCACAGACGUGAGCAGUCGCGGGUUGGACACCACGAGGGCUCGUCAUGUGGUAAACUUUGACUUUCCCCUGCACAUCUCCGACUACAUCCAUCGCUGUGGACGCAUCGGACGGGUGGGAAACACGGACAAGUCGCUUGUCUCCAACUUCAUCUCCUCCCGCCGCGAGAUCGAUAUUGUCCAGAGAAUAGAACAUGCGGCCCGCACCGGUGGACUGCUCCCGAAUGUCAAUGCCAACAUUGCGAACAUCAUCAAGAAACGAUUUAUGGCCGAAAUGAAGGCGGCGGGCAUGGCAGUGCCAACCCAGGCCCAAGAGGAAGCCUUCUGAUCUAGUUUUAUCUCUUGUAUUGAAAAUAAAAUUUGUUUUUAAACGCAA